GUUUUUGUACUACACCCGACGUGGAGAGCGAGCGCAGGGAAAUACAGCCACUCUCUCAACAGCACCACGAGGAUGAAGCCGUGCAGUCUCAACUCCGAUAUGUGCGGAUUUUGCUCAAGCCAUCACCAGCUCUGUUAAGGAAUUAACUAACAUUAUUUAUUAAUCGUGUUCAUAAGAGCGGUGCUAUCAAGAUAUACUUCGACUCCUUGUCUACAAAUGUAUUUUUCUUCUAUUUCGAUGAGAAUUGGGUCAUGAUCACAUCGCCCACGGUCUCUGUCCUGAGAAAUAGCACCAAUCCUGUGUGGGAGAGCACCUCGUCGGCAGAGAAGGGCGCAGCUAAAAUCAACAAGCCGUUUCACCACCCAGUCUCUCCUGCAGACCCAUUACGGCAAGCUAAUCGUCUUCCCAUAAAGAUUUUGAAAAUGCUCACCACACGGGGAGGACACAUUUUGCAUCCGGAAUAUCUUCAACCUUUACCAUCAACCCCUAUCAGUCCCAUUGAGCUGGAUGCAAAGAAAAGUCCGUUGGCUCUUUUGGCACAAACGUGUUCUCAAAUUGGUAAACCUGAUCCUCCGUCUUCCUCCAAAUUAUCAUCAGUAACCUCUGGAUCUAACGACAAGGAGACAAAGUCAGGACCACUGAAAAUGAGUGACAUUGGAGUUGAAGACAAAUCUAGCUUCAAACCCUACUCUAAAUCAUCCGAGAAGAAAGACUCGUCCAGCAGCGGAGAUAAAUCUAGUUUCCGAGUGCCUAGCGCCACCUGCCAGCCAUUCACCCCAAGGACAGGCAGCCCGAGUUCCAUUACCUCCGUAUCUCCUUUGCCGUCAGAGGGCAAAUCGGGAGACAAGGAGGAAAAGAAGGAGUCUGAGAAUGGUAAUAAAAGCAGUACAACGGAGAGCAACAGUCACAGUAGGAUAAACGGCGGCUGUGGAGGGAUUAACGUCGACGUUAACCAACACCAGGACGCCACAUCUGGAUCAAAGGCUAUCACGUCAGACUCCACGUCUGUCACCUCGGCAUCCUCCAUGCUCGGGUCAGGGCUGGUCGCCCCCGUUUCACCCUACAAACCCGGUCACACAGUUUUCCCGCUUCCCCCCGCUGGUAUGUCAUACCAUGGAAGUUUAGCAGGCGCAUACGGAGGCUAUCAUCAGCCCUUUCUCCCUCAUGGAAUGACUUUAGAUCCGACGAAAUCUAGCAGUCAGUUAUUAAGUGCACAAUUUGCUGCUGCUAAUUCACUUGGAUGCAGUAAGGCUGGAACAAGCCCCAUGGCCGGUGCAUCACCGCCGUCUUUAAUGUCUGCUAGUCUUUGCCGAGACCCAUAUUGCCUAAGUUACCACUGCGCAAGCCAUUUAUCCGGUGCACCCAGUGCCAAUUGUUCGCAUGACUCGGCGGCUGCCGCUGCAGCCGCCUCGGCUCUGAAGUCUGGAUACCAACUCAUGUACCCUACGCACCAUUUACACGGCGUGCACUCUCCGCCAUCUUUCACCGGACAUCCGUUGUACCCGUAUGGUUUUAUGAUCCCAAACGACCCUAUGCCACAUGUCUGUAACUGGGUUUCAGCCAAUGGACCUUGUGACAAGCGUUUUUCUUCCUCUGAAGAACUUCUCAAUCACUUGCGGACUCACACUGCUUUUGCAGGGACGGAGAAGUUGAUAUCAGGAUACCCGGGUUCAUCAUCUCUGGCCAAUGCAGCUGCGGCAGCCAUGGCUUGUCAUAUGCACAUGCCCCCCAAUGGGGCUCCUGGUAGCCCCGGAACGCUGACACUCAGAAGCCCGCACCACCCACUAGGACUGAGCUCUCGCUAUCACCCAUACUCAAAGAGCCCCUUGCCCACUGGCGCACCCGUGCCGGUCCCCGCAGCCACAGGUUCAUAUUAUUCUCCAUACGCUUUGUAUGGGCAGAGACUCACCACGGCAGCUGCGUUAGGAUAUCAGUAGAUGAGAAAUUAUACGUGCAUUUAUAAAGAAGAUUUUAAGCCUAAUGAGUUUUAUAAUGGUUGUAAUUCAUGCAGGACGGGAUCCAUGUGGGCUCAAUGUAUUUAUUUGCGAUAGCUCCAAGCGUGAUAAAAAUAAAAUAAUUAUAAUAUAA